UCAGCUGAGGAUGUCGUCCGCGGAGAUAAACGCAUCAAAAGAGCAUUUUUAUAGGGAAUUCAAUUUUCCCGGUGUCAUUGGGUGUGUGAAUGGAACACACAUAAAAGUGUCAAAACCAAGGGAUGACGAGUCUCUGUUUUUUAAUAGGAAGGGAUACUUUAGCAUAAAUGCAAUGGUGAUUUGUAAUUACAAUAUGGAAAUAGUGGCAGUAGAUGCGAGCCACCCAGGUUCAUGUCAUGAUUCAUUUAUUUGGAAUCAAAGUUAUGCAAGGCAACAAUCGCGCUAAAAUACUUGGAUUUUGGCAGA